AUGGAGCUGGGACUGACAGUCGGUGAUGUGAAGCUCAUCACCAUCAUUCAGCAGGUCUGCUCAGUGCUAUCGCUGGUAGGCUGCCUCUUUAUCAUAACCACCUUUUUUCUAUGCGAUGCCUUCCACAAGCCCAUCAAUCGACUGGUAUUCUACGCUUCGUUUGGCAACAUCAUGGCCAGCAUCUGCUUCAUCAUGGCCGACUCGUUUAUCGACUCACCUGAAGGCGCUGGGUGCCAGACACAAGCUUUUCUACUACAUACAUUCGUCGGAGCUGAUGCGUUGUGGACACUUGCUAUGGCCAUCAACGUCUAUCUUGCUUUCUACCACCGAUUCGAUGCACAAAGACUACGCAAGAUGGAAAUUCCCUAUUUAAUAUCGUGCUACGGAAUACCAUUCCUCCCGGCCUUCAUCUUCCUCUUUAUCAAGAACAGUGAAGGAGUGCGAGUAUAUGGUAGUGCUGUGCAAUGGUGCUGGAUCACUCCAGAAUGGGACUCGUUGCGCAUUGCGACCUUCUACGGACCAAUUUGGGUGAUCAUUGCAAUUACUCUUGCAAUCUACCUUCGAUCCGGCGGCACGAUCUAUCGAAAACGACAAGAGCUGCUCAAAGCGCAAGGGUCAGGUUCAGGUGGUCUUUCAUACGCGAACCAGAGCACCAUCCACAACGUCAAGACUACACAAGUGACCGUCACCUCGGAGGCUGCAGACCAAGCAAACACAAUACAGCUCCAGGCCAUGGGCCACCAAGCCUUUGUUCACGCAGACGCAGACGAUAUCAGGCCCCACGACGAGCAGCAUAGCGCACCGAUUACUCACACGACCACAAACGUUCCUCGAUCGGAUGUCCCCCGUCCUCACAUCCGCGCCAGCAACGACGUCUACAGAGCCGCCUGGGCAUACACCAAAGUAGCCAUGCUCUUCUUCGGCGUAAUCCUAACAACAUGGAUCCCAUCCAGCGCAAACCGCAUGUACUCCCACAUCCACCCCAACGAGGUCAGCAAGCCGCUGCAGUUCAUGAGCGCAACGGUGCUUCCCCUGCAGGGCUUCUGGAACGCGGUUAUCUACGCUGUGACGUCCUGGGCGGCGUGCAAGGCGUUGCUGGAAGAGAGAGGCCUCUGGCGAUCGCGGACGAGGUUGAAUGAGAUUGGCGAGCAGAAUAAUUGGGAGGCUGGGGAGGCACGAGAGAGCCGGAGGGUAAAGAUUAAGAAUAUGAUGAGCUCGAGAUGCGAGGACUCGGAAAGUUUAAGAGAGCUGUCGUAUCCGGCCAGGUCUGACGACGGGCGCAGUGUUUAA